AUGAAUUGGGCCCGCGCCCGACGUUGGCGUGAUCCAACAUCAGCCUUUCUCGCAGAGGAUAAGGCCUACGAGCCCGCCUACUCAGUCAUGCGUACAGAGCAAGCCAAUGCCUUCCUAGAACAUACCAUUAACAAUACCCUCCCCCUACAUUGCCAAACUGAAGAUCGAAUUUGGAAGAAUGACCUAUUUACCUCUUCUCUCCUUGCCGCACUGGGAGUCGCAGCCGGGCGACAGUGGCGCAAAGCCGUUGUUGUGGCUGCAACUACAUACCCUCCAAAUAAGAUAAACGGCCUCUUCGCUUUCGUCUUGACUCCUCUCCUGAUCAUCCUCUUCUUUGCUGCCGGACGGAUCACAAUGCUCACGAUGCCUGGUGCAUGGGUUGCCUAA